UAUUCUUUUUUGUAUUAAUAAUAUAAAGAGAGAGAGAGAGAGAUUGAGAAUCUUAUCUAUCAUUCUGAAAUGGCUGCUUCGGGUAUUGCAGGGCUUACCCUUCUCAAUUGCUUCUCUUCUUCUUCAGCGAGAUGUCGAACUCGUUCUUUGACUAUGGCUGUUUCCACCGACCAGAAGCCCAGCACCGAAAAACUCACUCUCCGCAAAUCUGAAGAAGCUUUCGCCGCUGCAAAGGAAUUGAUGCCUGGAGGUGUGAACUCUCCUGUUCGUGCUUUCAAAUCAGUUGGUGGACAACCCAUUAUCAUUGAUUCCGUCAAAGGUGCUCGAAUGUGGGACAUUGAUGGCAACCAAUACAUUGACUAUGUUGGUUCUUGGGGUCCUGCAAUUAUUGGUCACGCUGAUGAUCAGGUACUCGCCGCUCUUGCUGAGACAAUGAAGAAAGGAACCAGCUUUGGUGCACCUUGUCUUCUUGAAAACACUCUAGCUGAGAUGGUUAUCUCUGCUGUUCCCAGCAUUGAAAUGGUCAGAUUUGUCAAUUCCGGCACAGAAGCAUGUAUGGGUGCACUCCGCCUUGCACGUGCUUAUACCGGCAAAGAGAAGAUCAUCAAGUUUGAGGGAUGUUAUCACGGCCAUGCUGAUCCUUUUCUUGUUAAGGCAGGCAGUGGAGUUGCCACCCUAGGACUUCCUGAUUCCCCUGGUGUUCCUAAAGCUGCCACCAAUGAAACCCUUACAGCCCCCUUCAAUGACUUUGCUGCUGUUGAGAAGAUCUUUGAAGCCAACAAAGGAGAGAUAGCUGUAGUCUUCCUCGAACCUGUUGUUGGAAAUUCGGGUUUCAUUACUCCUAAACCUGAUUUCCUUAGUUCCUUGCGCAAAAUCACCAAGGAGAACAAUGCCCUUCUCGUGUUUGAUGAAGUUAUGACUGGAUUUCGUUUGUCGUAUGGAGGUGCUCAAGAAUACUUUGGCAUAACUCCUGAUAUAACAACUCUGGGGAAGAUCAUUGGAGGGGGUUUGCCAGUAGGUGCAUAUGGAGGUAGGAGAGAUAUUAUGGAGACGGUGGCUCCGGCUGGACCUAUGUACCAGGCUGGGACGUUGAGUGGGAACCCUUUGGCAAUGACUGCCGGCAUAGAAACUCUGAAGCGUAUUAAGGAGCCAGGAACUUAUGAAUACUUGGACAAAAUUACAGGUGAGCUUGUUCAAGGCAUUGUUGAAGCUGGUAAGAGAGCAGGGCAUGCAAUAUGUGGUGGGCAUAUAAAUGGGAUGUUUGGGUUUUUCUUCACAGAAGGACCUGUGUACAAUUUCACAGAUGCAAAAAAGAGUGACACUGCCAAGUUUGCUAAGUUCUUCUGGGGUAUGUUAGCAGAAGGUGUCUAUUUGGCACCUUCACAGUUUGAAGCUGGGUUCACCAGCUUGGCACAUACUUCUGAUGACAUCAAGAAGACCAUUGCUGCUGCUGAGAAGGUCUUUAGGGAGAUCUGAGUGUUAGACUUUGUCUUAUUGCUACUUGAGUUUUUGAAACAUCGAUUUUUAUAGUUUUGUAGGUUAAAUUAGAUCAAUGUAUUAUUAUGACAGUUUUCAUUAAUAACAUGUAUCAUUUUCGCUUCCUGUAUCUAGUCUCAUCGGUGUAUUGUUUUAAGUUGUGCUGUAAUUUCUUGAAUUUUGAAUCGUAAGCGUUUGAAUCCGUUGUUCGACUUAUAA